UUGGCGGAUUCCAAACCCAAACACUAAACCGUAUUUUAAUUACUUCCCUUUGAGUUCCGUUUCCUUUUGCUCCAACUUCCAACGACACACCACACACACUCUCUCUUCCUAAACUCGGAUCCAACAAGACCAUAAGAAGAAGUUAAAACGGUUUGUCUUCAAAAGCACAAAAAAUUCAAAACAUGGGAAGAUCUUCAGCUUCUUCUUGUCUUCGUAUCAUUGCUUGCGCCGGCGGUGACGAUGCAACCGAACCUACAACGAACAAGAGCUCGCGUGGAUGGAGUUUCAGGAAGAGAUCUGGGAAAAAUAGAGGGUUGAUAACUAGUGUUGUCUCUGAUACAACUCCUGCUUCUAGGACUAGAGAGACUCUUGAAUCUGCUCUCCUCAACUCUCCUUCUCCUGACAAUAACAUUGUCUCUGAGAAGCACACUUUCUCUGUUGAUGUUGAUGAUGAGAAGAAGAAGAGCCAGUUACCUGUUACCUAUGUCGCUGAACCUGUUGAUGAGAAGACAAAACAAUCCGCUGAGGACAAAACAGCUGAGUUUCCUCUUCUUGUGGAAUCGAAAGGGACUGAAACUGAGGAGGAUGGUUUGGUUGGAACUGAACUGGAAGCUAAGUUGGAAGGAACAAAUGCUGCUGAUGCAAUCCUGAGAGAGAAAGACACUACUCCCGAGGUUGAAAUUGUUAGUAAUGUUGAGCCAGAAGUAUCUGAAGCCGAAGAAGUGAUCAUUACAAGAAAAGAAAGUGAUGAUGGAGUUGAUGAGAAAAUUGAUGAUUCUGUUAUCAUUAUCAUCCAAGCUGCCAUACGUGGCUUUUUGGCGCGAAAAGAGCUUUUGAGGCGCAAGAAAGUUGUUAAACUUCAAGCUGCAGUUCGUGGCCACCUCGUUAGGAACCAGGCGAUGGGAUCACUGCGCUGUGUUCAAGCUAUUGUCAAAAUGCAGACGAUGGUCCGUGCUCGUCAUUCCACCAAAGAUGGUAGCCGUGUUUCUGCAAUCUCGGAUAAGGUGGAAACAAAUGCAGCAACACAAAAACUUCUUGAAAACAAGUUUGCUAAACAUCUAAUGGAGUCAACUCCCAAGACGAAGCCUAUUAGCAUUAAAUGUGAUCCGACGAAACCUAGUUCUGCUUGGAGCUGGUUGGAGAGGUGGAUGUCUGUUUCAAAGCCUGAGGAUACUCCAAAUUCAGUUAUGGUGACGGAAGAGCGACAGUUGGAAGAAACCAAUAAUGUCAAAGAAUCAGCUCAAGUUGACGUGGUGAACUCUGACUCAACCUUGGAGAUUGAAGCUGAAACUGGUCUCUCAAGCUAUGAAGCAAGUAAGGUAGCAGCUCAUCAUGUUGAGCUAUCUGAGACACAGAAAAUGAGCCAAUAUGAUUCAUCAGAAGCAUCUGCAGAGGUUGUCCAUGACUUGAUCCAGUCUCAUCCACUUGCUGCAAAGGAUCCAGAGGCUUUGCUGGAAGAGGAUGAGAAUGUGGAUGAUCAGCCUAAAGCUUCUUUGAAGCGUAAGGCAAGCAAUCCUUCAUUCAUUGCCGCGCAGUCGAAAUUUGAGGAACUUACUGCAUCUACUGGUUCCAGCAAAGCAAUGGUGCUUUCGUCUAAAGAUGGUGAUGAAGGCAAAAGAGAUGUAGAUUUAUCAGAGGCUAACACUACAAACACGAAGAAGGAUCAGUCUCUGGAAGAUGUUGCUCUCAGUGGAUCUGAGUGUGGCACCGAACUCUCUGUAACUUCUUCCCUUGAUUCACUUGACAAGAAGUCAGACAUUGAGGGUGCAGAGACCAAGGUUGAAUCUAAGCUUCUAGAGAAUGGUACUCCCAAAACAGACCAAGCAGAGUUGAUAGAAAUUGAUGUGAAAGUUGAAACUCCAUUGGCUACUGUUGAGGACCGUAAGGAGAAUGAAGUUGAGGUUUCAGUAAUACAGCAUGAAUCAGUUAUUACUAGUACACCGGAUUCCAAAAAGAGACCUGCAGAAGAUGGAUCAGGGCUUCAAGCUCUAACUCCGAUGUCAGUCACCGAAUCUCAGGCAACACCUGCAAGUCAAGCAUCGUCUUCAGUGAAAGCAAGAAAGGAAAAAUCCGGAAAGAGUGGUUCAAGCCAAAAGAGGAAAGUUAGCAAGAAAAUAACAACUCCCAAACAGGAAACUGGUAACGGUGAGGGUAAGAAUACUAGAGAACACGAAGAAGGGAAAGAACAGAAAAGCGGGAGGAGAAACUCUUUUGGUAAUGAUCAAGAAGCAAGAGAGAGCAGCGGAGGCAAGAACUCUCUUCCCAGGUUCAUGCAGCCAACACAGUCGGCAAAACUUAAAGUACAAGAACAUAACUCACCAAGAUCAAGCCCUGAUCUUCAGGAAAGAGACGUUUCCAUCAAGAAGAGACAUUCAUUGCCUGUUGGUGCCAAUGGGAAACAAGGUUCAUCUCCUAGAAUCCAACGGUCUGCGUCUCAAGCACAACCGGGAACAAAGGAUAGAAAAUGGCAGAGAUGAAGCUGAACGGAGUGAAAUGGGAGAAGGAAAAUGUUAGGGGAGUGUUUGAUGAUUUGAUAUGUUUGUUUUCAGACGAUCCUUGACUUCAGACAACCUAAGUGACAGAUGAAGAAACAGAAUGGAGAAGGAUAGUCUUUUGUACAGAAUCGUUUUUUUUUUCUUAUUUCAAAUGUUUUACUUGUGUGGCUGUUGGAUUAUUUGGUUUGGUGUUAUUUUUUUAUUGGGACAUAACCUGCGCAACUGAAAAUCGUGCUAUAG